AUGCCGAGAUUUAGAAACUGUACUGUGCCAGACGCACAAAAUCCGAUCAGUCUGGUAUCUUCUAAGACCUCUGAUGACACUGAAGAGGGGAGUCGAAUCGAGGAGAACCGGACCAGUCAGACUACCAAUAGCUUGAAAACCACAGCUACUUUCACCGAUUUUGUGAAAAAUGAAGGCUCUCAAGGUCCCACCAGUGUGCCCACCAGAGCUUCUUUUUUCACCGCACCUUCACCGGAGCCAUAUGUAUCUGUCGGUUGCCUUAAAUGUGGUUCCCUAGACCACUCGGCAUCAAACCGAAACUGUCCUCGUCCUCGCAAGGCAUCCACAGCAACCAAUACAGUAGCCAUAGCCACUCAAAUUCCCAAGAAGCCUGUUGCCAGAACCCCCAAGAAAGCAGCAGCCGACAAUCACCAAAUUAGGAAAGCUAAACUUGGAGACAACACAAAGUUCUGGUAUUAUAAAUCCGACGACAGCCAAAGUGAAGAGGAAAUUGGUACUAAAGACUCGGAUCAAAGGAACCCCAUCAAAGAGGAAGACCAGGAGUAUCUUUACGAUGAUUUUAAUUCUAUGAUGGACGGAUUAUUCAAGUCGACUGGUCAGUUUACCGAAGAACAGGCAGAUUCGAGUCCAUUGACUAUCACCUAUAGGGACCCUACUGGUAUGGGGAAAUAUGGGGCCAAAAUAGCUGAGCAGAACACCAGUGACCUGUCCCAUGCAGUCAUUCAAAGAGUAACUGCGGGCGAGGGACAGCAGGGUUUGGCGGAACUAUACGACAAGAACGGGUUUGGCUCUUGCCCCUCUAUUCAAGAGACAGUUCAAACCACCUCGGUAUUCUCCUCACAGAAGCAAACGGGUAUCGGCCCAGAUAGAAGUUCAAAGGCGAACAAGCCUGCUAGAAAUAGGAAGCGGGCUUUUCAAUCGAUUGUGACCAAGGAUGACGGUGGGAUUCCUGCUUUUAGGCACCCCCAGCCAAUGUCGAGUUAUAAGACAAAGCAGCCAUUGUUUCCAACUACCUCUACCACGAAGGCCAAAAAGCAUCAUCAUGACCACCAAGGUAGGGAUUUAAAUACCGAGACACUAGAUUUGGGCUAUUCUCCACAGACCCCCAUUCAACCUGCAACGAACCAAUCCUUCCUAUCGCGCCGCGCCACUAAGGGCCUUCAAAACGAUAUGAACGUCAACCAUUCUUCUGCUGAACCUGGUGUUGAGGAGAAAGCGACCCCUAGAGUAUUUAGGUAUAACUAUAUGGGUGCUCGAAAUCAUAUACAGCAGCCUAGAGUCCGUUACGCGGCUGACCGAGUGCAAGGCUGGAGGGAGUGCAGAAGCAUGGGAACAGGAUUGGAGUAA